AUGGCUACGUUAGAAGAAUUAGAGAAUAAGACGUCACCGGUUGAUGAGGAACUCGAUCAAGAGAUCUUAAAUCUAUCUACACAGGAAUUACAGACAAGGGCAAAACUUUUAGAUAAUGAAAUUCGUAUUUUUAAGUCUGAAUUGCAAAGACUGUCCCAUGAAAAUAACGUUAUGAUGGAAAAAAUUAAAGACAAUAAGGAAAAGAUCAAGAAUAAUAAACAACUGCCUUAUUUAGUGGCUAAUGUCGUAGAAGUCAUGGACAUGACUGAAAUUGAAGAUAGAGAAAACAGUGAAUCAACUACGCAAGGUGGUAACGUCAAUUUAGAUAAUACAGUGAAGGGUAAAGCCGCUGUGGUAAAAACUUCUUCAAGGCAGACUGUUUUUCUACCUAUGGUUGGCCUAGUGGAUCCUGAUAAGUUGAAACCAAAUGAUCUAGUUGGUGUUAAUAAAGAUUCAUACCUAGUAUUAGAUACACUUCCUUCAGAAUUCGAUUCUCGUGUAAAAGCUAUGGAAGUCGACGAAAAACCAACUGAAACAUACUCAGACGUUGGUGGAUUGGAUAAACAGAUCGAAGAAUUGGUCGAAGCCAUCGUAUUGCCAAUGCAGCGUGCUGACAAAUUUAAAGAUCUGGGUAUCAGAGCUCCAAAAGGUGCUUUAAUGUACGGUCCUCCUGGUACCGGUAAAACAUUAUUAGCUCGUGCUUGUGCAGCUCAAACAAAUGCUACUUUCUUGAAAUUGGCAGCUCCACAAUUAGUUCAAAUGUUCAUAGGUGAAGGUGCAAAAUUAGUUCGUGAUGCUUUUGCAUUGGCAAAAGAGAAAGCCCCAACGAUUAUAUUUAUUGAUGAAUUAGAUGCAAUCGGUACAAAACGUUUUGAUUCAGAAAAAUCUGGUGAUAGAGAAGUGCAAAGAACUAUGUUGGAACUAUUGAAUCAAUUAGACGGUUUCAGUUCAGAUGACCGUGUGAAAGUCCUUGCAGCUACCAAUAGAGUGGAUGUCUUGGAUCCUGCAUUAUUAAGAUCUGGUAGAUUGGAUAGGAAAAUCGAAUUCCCACUUCCAACAGAAGAUUCAAGAGCUCAAAUUUUACAAAUUCAUUCAAGGAAAAUGACCACUGACGAUGAUAUUAACUGGCAAGAAUUAGCAAGAUCUACUGAUGAAUUCAACGGUGCGCAACUGAAGGCUGUUACUGUUGAGGCCGGGAUGAUUGCCCUGAGAAAUGGUCAAUCUAGUGUGAAACAUGAAGACUUUGUCGAAGCUAUUGGGGAAGUCCAAGCAAGAAAAUCCAAAUCUGUUUCAUUUUAUGCAUAA